CAAACACGGGCCUCAAUUUAAGGACAGCAGUCCAACGAAAUUGGUAAAGAAAUCGAAAUCUUCUUAGAGUGUUGUAGAGAAGAAGAAAAAUGACUCUGAACAAGUUGGACGCAGAUCCCUCAACCUUGGAGACGGUGUUGGGAGAAUUGAAACCUGACAAAAUCAAUUUGAUCCUCUUCCUCGCCAACAAUGAUCCCACCACCAACCGCAGCUGGUGUCCUGAUUGCGUAAGAGCUGAGCCUGUGAUUUACAAGACUCUAGAGGAAUCAACGGAGGAAGUGAAUGUUAUUCGGGCGUACGCGGGAGAUAGGCCGACGUGGAGGAAUCCGAUGCAUCCGUGGAGAGUGGAUCCUCGAUUCAAGGUCACUGGUGUCCCAACACUUGUUCGCUGGGAUGGAGACAGUGUUAAGGGUCGCCUUGAGGAUCACCAGGCUCAUCUUCCUAACUUGAUUCGCCCACUUCUUGCACCAUCCACUUAAGGCUGGAUCGAUGAUCAGGUUUAUGAAUCGAAAAUCUUCUCUUGUUUUCCAAUAAAAGCCUUAACAAUAAUUUGUAUGAUUGGGUAUUGUUUCUUGCUCAAUGUAUCGUUGCAUACUCUUAGCUUCUCGACUUAAUAAUAAUAAUGGACUAUUCGGGUG